UACUCUAUUACGGUUCCUAACUGAGUCUCUAACCAACUGACAUUGCUCUUCUCCCUGCUCUCUUUCUCUCACAACAAAAUUGUCUCUCUUCCAAGAAAAUUUACUUUCCGAGAAAAAUAUAACGAAGAUGACCCAUUUCUUUUACUACUAUUCUGCAUUGCUGUUCAUUAUUAUCUUCAUUGCACCUGUUUCUCAUGCAAGACCACAUCCCCAACCAGACCCAAGUUAUCAAGAGUUUGUAGUGAAUGCUACGGAUCUGCCAUCAGAGGACUACUAUGAUUACAUAAUUGUUGGAGGUGGUACUGCUGGUUGCCCAUUGGCUGCUACUUUGUCACAAUCUUAUAGAGUUCUUCUUCUUGAACGUGGUGGUGUUCCUUAUAGUAAACCCAAUGUGAUGACCCAAGAAGGGUUCCUCGCUACACUUACUGAAGUCAAUACCUUUGAUUCCCCUGCUCAGUCCUUCACUUCUGAGGACGGUGUCCCUAACGCUAGAGGCCGAAUUCUUGGUGGCAGCAGCGCUAUCAAUGCCGGCUUUUAUAGCCGCGCUGACACAGAGUUCUUUCGGCAAUCAGGUGUCAAUUGGGAUAUGAGGGUUGUGAAUCAGUCUUAUGACUGGAUUGAGAAAGCAAUUGUAUUUAGGCCUGAGCUUAGGAACUGGCAAUCGGCUGUUAGAGAUGGCUUGUUGGAAGCUGGGGUUGAUCCAUAUAAUGGGUUUAGUCUGGAUCAUUUGAUGGGUACUAAGAUUAGUGGCUCUACUUUCGAUGGGUCGGGAAGGAGACACAGUUCAGCUGAUCUUCUCAAUUAUGCCAAUGCUCGGAAUAUUAAAGUUGCUGUACAUGCAAGUGUGGAGAGAAUACUACUGGCUUCCACUUCCUUCUCAAGGUCUAAGAUUACAGCAAUUGGGGUGGUUUAUCGUGAUCAAAGAGGACAUUAUCACCAUGCAAUGGUGCAUGACAAUGGUGAGGUGAUACUAUCUGCCGGUGCCAUUGGAAGUCCACAAAUGCUAUUGCUGAGUGGCAUUGGACCGAGACCUUACCUAUCAACCUGGGGAAUUCCUGUUGCAUAUCAUCUUCCAUAUGUAGGGCAGUACCUCUAUGAUAAUCCUCGAAAUGGUAUCUCAAUCGUGCCUUCCAUCCCACUAGAGCACUCAUUGAUACAGGUGGUUGGCAUUACUGAUGUGGGGGCUUAUCUUGAGGCAGCUUCCAAUGUAAUCCCAUUUGCAUCUCCUGCUCGUUCCGUUUUCAUUAGGCCUCCAUUUGCACCUCUGUAUCUCACAGUGGCCACCCUUAUGGAGAAAAUCACUGGGCCACUUUCUACUGGUUCACUAAGGCUUGCUUCAACAGAUGUCAGAGUGAAUCCAAUUGUUCGAUUCAAUUAUUUUUCUCAUCCUCUGGAUGUAGAAAAGUGUGUAAAUGGAACUCGCAAGAUAGGGGAUGUGCUGAGGAGCCGGUCUAUGGAGGACUUCAGGUUCCAUGAAUGGUUUGGAGCUCGAAAUUUUAGAUUUGUAGGGCCUGCUCUGCCUAUUGACCAAUCUGACUUUCUGCAGAUGGCUGAUUUUUGUCAUCGAACUGUUAGCACCAUAUGGCAUUACCAUGGGGGUUGUGUUGUGGGGAAAGUGGUUGAUCGUGAUUAUCGGGUCCUUGGUGUUGGCUCACUUCGUGUUGUUGAUGGCUCAACAUUUACAGUAUCUCCUGGGACAAACCCUCAAGCUACAGUGAUGAUGCUGGGGAGAUACAUUGGGCUGAAGAUAAUCAACGAGCGAACGAAAUAUAAAUGAUCCUCGAUCCCUUUUGUGCUGAGAGAAUCCAUGUAUUACUGAUCUGACAGAUUGAUUUUACAUCUAUCGUUCCUGAAAAUAGUUACUUGUGCAAUUCCUAUAGAUGAAACGUGCUGCUGCAGAAUCACUGGCUAGUUUCAUUCAUUCAUUCUAAACAACAAAAUGUAUAAAGAAAUACUGACGCUUAGUUCAAACAGUGUGACUGAAUAACUGUUGAAGCAGAGACUGCUUCUUUGUUGUUUUGAGUUUUGCUAAAGGAGUACAUAGCAUAUGAAAUGUUUGAUAAGCAUGUCUUAGAAAUUGUAUAUGUAGCUAUGACUGCAUGGUGAAACAACUCUCCAGUCAGCUAUUGACAUUUUUGUACUUUCAGACUGCAAUCAAAUUCUCUGUACAAAGCUUUUUCUAAUUCUUGACAGAAAUUUUUUCCUUUGAAUAUCACAUCUUGAUUGUUAAUUUGGAUGUGCAUCAAUCCUUUAUUAAGCUGUUAGUGUUAUUGAUUGUGCUAUUGCUGAGAUGUAAUGUUUUUUUUUUUUCUUUUUUCUGAUCUAGUUAUUGAUUGUCAUUGCAGUGCUACUUAUUUUCUUCUACCUAGGAUGCAUUAUUAGCUGAAGAAAUCAACCUUCUUCUAUUUUUUAAGUCUUGUUUAAAUAUUAUUCUUUUGAGUUCCAAGUCUAUUUAGAGACUUUGACCUGUACGAAACCUGACCAAUGAAUAAAUGGGGCACUACCUGUUCCUCUAGA